GACGUUUGUUUUUUUUUCUGUUGUUUGCGUGUGUGUAACUGUCGCAGAAUUUGCAAUAUCUGCAACUCGUUUUAUUGAAGAAAAUGUGCAUUUAAUAUCAUUAUUAGUGUUAAUUUCCCCGUGUUGCUUAAUUGGUGAUAUUAUUUAGGUGUAUUAGAACAUACAAAGCCAAUAUGAAUGCCAUGUCCAUGGAUAGGGACGAGCCUUCUUCGCUCCUGAGUUUUUCGUCAAACCACCCAUUAGAACAGUUUGUGCUUUUAGCGAAGGGUGCCAAGGGUUCGGGGGCCGCAGAACUGAUUAAACAAGUGCUCGAAGCCCCAGGAGUGCACGUAUUUGGGGAGCUGUUGGAAGUACCGAACAUCUUAGAGCUUGAAAAUGGUCCAUAUGCAACACAUUUCAACACACUCAACCUCUUCGCCUAUGGCACUUACAAAGACUACCUAGACAAUAAAUCGGACUACCUGGAACUGACACCAGUGCAGUGCAAGAAGCUCCAACAUCUGACUAUCGCCACCCUUGCUACACAAGAGAAGCUGAUUCCAUACAGUGUGUUGUUGAAGGAACUGGAUAUUAAGAAUGUUAGGGAUUUGGAGGAUCUUAUUAUUGAAGCUAUUUAUGCUGACAUCAUCCACGGCAAAUUAGACCAAGAAUGCAAGCGCGUCGAAGUAGAUGUGGCACUAGGCCGCGAUGCCCGUUUGGAGGACGCCUCCGCCAUUGCUGAUGUCUUAGCUGACUGGUGCAACUCUUGUGAGGCAGUGCUCAGCUCUGUGGACCGCCAUAUUCAGCGAGCCAACCAUCACAAGCAGCGCGCCAUCAGACACCAGCAAACUAUUGAACAAGAGAUAUUGUUCCUCAAGAAGACCCUGAAACCGCAGGCCGAUACGGAAGACUCGGCGUCAGGCGGAGGCUGCGACAACCACUCGGCGCCCAAGAAGAGCUCCGGCAAGGGCAAGAUCCCCCGCAACGCCACCAAGUUCUGGCAAAAGAACACUUAGAUGCCUCCACGAUAUCGCUGCAGCAUUGUGUGUAGCAGGCUUGGUGCAGUCAUCAGAUACAUCAGAGCGGCCAAGAUGCUCAAAAAUAUCUGAACAUGCACUUCAACGUCUUGAUGGAUAGGCGUUUUCACUCUGUGUUGUGUACCAAUAAUGUCUGGUUAGCAAUUGUCACAAAAGUAUCGAAUGCCAAUCACUACCCUACACAUGUUGCCAAGAAAGUGACAGUUAGACGUAACUUAAAUAUAACUUAAGUGACGCUUUAAAAUUAAAAAACAAAGGCUUUGUUCAGAUAUUUGUGAACACCUUGGCUGCUCCGAUAUAUCUAAUAGCGACUGUACAAUUUAAACAGUAACUCUCAUUGUAUUGAAAUUACAGCUGUCAUAUGCAAUGCACAGUGCUGCAGUAAGACUUUAUGCUCUUGUGAUAUAUCUGAAUUAAUAAAGUUUUAGGUAUUUGCUCUCAUAA